CCCAGUCGCAAUCUUCAAGUCGCCGUUCGCCGACGAUCAGUUUGAGUUUGGCCGUGGAAGCCGCCAGUUCGGUGUCGCGUUGCUCAGUUGCUCGGUUGUUCGGUUCCUCAGUUGCACAGUUGCCAAGUUCCUAAUGCUAUAUAGCUGCUAUAGCUACUGAUACCUGGCUAUUCGUACCACGAUUUGUGGCGUGGAACGUGCGUCCAGAUCGGUUCGUGAGUGCCGCCCCGUUCCGUUUGGUUCCGUUCCGUUCGUCGGUCUCUGAAAGCGAAAACUGGCGCUCAAGUUCAGUCAGCGAUUUGUCGAUUUCUAUGCAAAUCAUUACUCGGAAAAGAAACACAUAUAACCCAGAGACAGAGUUGGAGACAGAGCCGCCAUAACAACAAAAGACGGCAAAAGCCAGAAAAAAGAGCGUGCUAUUUUUAUUUUGCUAAAUGUCGACUCGAGGCUCACGUCGCCGGAGCAGAGCCAAAGUCUCCGUUUCAACUGGCGGGAGACUGUAACCCGAGUCGCGGUUCGCGCAAAACAGAAAAAUAUAUAAAAAAACAAAAUCGCAGAAGAAAAAAACCAAGAGACAAACAGAAACAGAUUGUAUCUGUAUCUAUAGUCGCGACUUGCGGCUCGUUUUGUGUGCGCACAUUCGUGUAUCUGUAUCUGCCGCCGAGCGCAAAAAGUAAUCAUAAACUGGAAGGGAAAGAAAAACAAAUAAAUAAUAAAGGAAAAAGAAAAAGAAAAAGAAAGAGUGCCGCUUCUCAGCAUCCGCGGAGCACUUCAACUGAUACCGAUUGAUAGAUACCGCCCCCGACUUGUGAUUUGUGAAUCAGCUGAGUCGGCUUUUCGGCUGCGGCUGCCUUGUGAGAGGAUCGAUCCCCCCAGAGAUUGGGAUCGAGCAGAAGGAAGUGGAUCAACUAAUUGAGCAUACAUCAAGUUCACGUAGAAUGGCCCUCCGCUUGGAUUAUCGUUGCCUACUGGAUGCCUUCGAGGACUACUACUACCACAAUUACUACCACAAGGAAAUCCAGCGCUUGGUCGCCGAAACCGCUGGAGCCACAGCAGCAUCUCCCGCUUCAUCCGCCUCCUCGACGGCCUCCACCUCAUCCGCAUCCGCAUCCUGCUCGAGUGGACCCUCCACUUCCGCCAGUUCGCCCGGUUCGUUGGCCCAGGUGGCUGCUGCCCGAGCGGCCGCUGCCCUGGCGGACCAACAAGCGCUGGCCAGCAGCCAGAGGGCCAUGUUCUACAACGUCCAGCAUCCUCAGCAGCUGGAGCAGCUGCAUGCGUUGCAGGCGGAGUCCGGCAAUCAGCAGCAGCAUCCGCAGGCGAGCGCCGAUCCCAACGCCUCCUCCAUGGCCAACAGCCUGCUCUGGCAGCCCUGGCGAGAUCUCCAGCAGGCGGCCGCCAUGCAUCACCAGCUCUACAGGCAGCAGCAGCAGCAGCAGUUGCAGUUGCACUCAGAGAUGCGUGCGACGUCCAAGGUGCUGACCACCACCAAGUGGCGACGCGAGCGGCGUCAGCGGAGUGCCGGAUACCAGCCGCACGAGGCAGGCAACGGCGACAGGGAGCGGGAGAGGGAGCGGGAGCGGGAUCGGGAUCGGGAUCGAGAGGAUCGCGACAUGGACGGUGACAGUCCCAUUGACAUGUCGGUGGCAACGGGAGCGCUCAAGCAGAGAGCCUCACCACCGCCUCCCUAUCGCGAACCCUUGCCUGGAACCAACUACGCGGCCAACAGCCGACCCAGCGUCAUCACCCAGGCUCCACCCAAGCGAGAACCACCGGAGCAGGCCCACUCUACAGAUAUGGCGAUGUGCGACAUUGACGAGCACUUCCGACGCUCACUGGGCGAGAACUAUGCUGCCCUGUUCGCCAAGAAGUCGCCAACGCCCACGCCAACACCUACGCCCUCGCCAAGUGGUACACCCAAGCAGCAGGUUUCGCCGCUGGCCUACGGACCGCCUUCAUCAACCAGCACAGUGGCAUCGCUACACUACCAGCAGCAUCGCUCGCCGCUGGCCAAGCCGGCAUUGGUCAUUCUGGAGCCAGAAACGCUGCAGCCGGAACUGCCGCCGCCGCAGGAGGAACCGCUUCCCCUGUCGCUAGCACUGCAUCGCACCCAAACGCCGCCAUCGCCGCCACCCUCGGCCACGGGAUCGGCACCGGCGCUACCCACGGCCGUCAGCCAGGUGAUGGAGGCAGCUGUGGCGGCCAGGCGAAUCCUGGACACGCCCCACCACACGCCGCCGAGAUACAACACGCCACCGCCGCCGCCGCCGGCUUAUGGGAUAGCCGGAACCACCGUUGUGGCGCCGACAUUGACACCGACACCGACUCCAACUCCGAAUCCGAAUCAGACGCCGUCGCAGAUUCCCACGCCCACGCCCAGCAUGCCGGCCAUCAUUCGGGUGAAGGCUGAGCCAGGACUGGCGGCCGUGGCUGCCUCCUCGACGCAGACGCCGCCCGCUUCGCCCACCUCGUCCACGAAUAUCUCGAUAUUCACCAAGACUGAAGCCUCGGUGGACGACCACUUUGCCAAGGCGCUUGGCGAAACCUGGAAAAAGCUGCAGGGCGGGCACAAGGAGUAGAGGAGGAGCCAGCAGCGAGCAAACCACCAACCCACCCGCACAUGACCCGGUCCCGAUCCCGACCCCGAUCCUAAUUCCCAACACCACCCAACACAACGCAACCCAAAAGCAACCCCUGAUCCUCAACGAUCCAACUCAAGAGCUGUUUUUAUUAUAAAUAUUUCAAACUACACAAUUAACGUUUAAAGAUCUCAUGCUGAUGUGAACGGAAAUUCUUCAACUGCGAGUGUAUUACAAGUUUCUGAUAUAAUGAUUUUAUUGAAUAUUGAUAACGGUUAGCGCGCGGAUAUCUAUGAUAAUAUACAUAUACAUAUAUAUAUGGAUAAAUGUGUAUGACAAAGUGUAUACGUACAAGUGACAAAAUUUUGUAUUCUUAACGCUUAGUUGGUAGAGACUAAUCCUUAAUAAUAUACCUAUUAAACAUAAGUGAACAAUCCUA